ACGACCACACCAAGGAGGAAAAAGAAAAAAGAAAAAAGAAAAAAGAAAAAGAGAAAAGAGAAAAAGGAAAUAGACGCCUUUUUUCCGAUGAUUUUCAUGUAGAAAGUCUUCUCUUCUUCUCUCCUCUUUCUCUUCGUUUCCCCCAUUCUUCUCUUAUGGCUUCAAAACAGCUCUAAAAUUCCUCUAACCUUACUAUUCUGAACCCCUUCUAAACGUGGAUUACAUACAUAUACUGACACUUGGAAGAAUUUGGAUGAAUCGAGGCGAUUCUAAGUGGGAUUUCCCUAGAUCUGAUUUUUGUUUUAGAUUAAAUGUUUUGGUGUUGCUUUUGGAAUCAUUGGGGACGUUUUGUCUAAUUGAUGGAUGAUGACCAUUCCAAUGGAUAGUGCUGUCGAUCAGUUGUCUCGCGAGCAAGUUCAGCGCCUCUACGACAAGAAUGUUGAGUUGGAGAAUAAACGUAGAAAGGCAGCACAAGCUAGAAUUCCUUCUGACCCAAGUGCAUGGCAACAAAUGCGAGAAAACUACGAAGCUAUCAUCCUUGAGGAUAAUGCCUUCUCAGAACAACAUGAAAUAGAGUAUGCCUUGUGGCAGUUGCAUUACAGGAGAAUUGAGGAAUUGCGCGCACACUUCAAUGCUGCUGUAAAUUCUAGUGUGUCAACCAAUUCUCAGAAUGGGAAAGUUCCCCAUCGUAGUGGACCUGAUCGCGUCACAAAGAUCAGAACACAGUUUAAAACUUUUCUUUCGGAAGCAACAGGAUUUUAUCAUGAUUUGAUGCUAAAAGUUAGGGCUAAGUAUGGCCUGCCGCUGGGAUAUUUCUCUGAUGAUCAAGAAAAUCAGAUUCCUUCCUCUAAAGAUGGUAACAAAUCUGUGGAGGUGAAGAAAGGAUUGAUAUCCUGCCAUCGUUGUUUGAUUUAUCUUGGCGAUCUUGCUCGGUACAAAGGCUUAUAUGGUGUGGGUGAUUCCAAGGCUUGUGAUUUUGCAGCUGCUUCGAGUUAUUACCUGCAAGCUUCUUCACUUUGGCCUUCAAGUGGCAAUCCUCAUCACCAGCUUGCAAUACUGGCUUCCUAUUCCAAUGAUGAGCUUGUGGCUAUUUAUCGCUAUUUUCGCAGUCUUGCAAUAGAAAGCCCUUUUUCCACGGCAAGGGAUAACUUGAUCAUUGCAUUUGAGAAGAACCGUCAGUGUUACUCUCAACUUGUGGGGGAUACUAAAGCUUCCUCCACCAAGGCCGUACGUCCUCGUACAACUGGCAAAGGAAGAAGCAAAGGAGAAACGAGGCAUCCACUGAAAGAUGGUAGGGUUGAAGCAAGUUCGGUCCAGGAAAAAGGUUCUAGUAUGUCUGACAUCUUCAAAACCUUCAGCACAAGAUUUGUUCGAUUGAAUGGUAUUCUUUUCACUCGCACUAGUUUGGAGACUUUUGGAGAAGUGCAAGCGGUGGUUAAAAAUGAUCUGCUUGAGCUUCUCUCCUCUGGGACUAAUGAGAAGUAUAAUUUUGGUUCUGACACUGCCGACUGUAAACUGGCUUUUGUAAGGCUCGUGGCCAUCCUAAUAUUCACUGUUCAUAACGUGAAUAAGGAAAGCGAAAACCAGUCAUAUGCUGAGAUUUUACAAAGAUCGGCUCUUCUACAGAAUGCAUUUACUGCUGUGUUUGAGUUCAUGGGUCAUGUAGUUGAAAGAUGUGUCCAAUUAAAUGAUCCCACAACAAGCUUCCUUUUGCCAGGGGUUUUGGUGUUUGUAGAAUGGUUAGCGAGCCGUCAAGAUGUUGCACUUGGGAACGAACCAGAAGAGAAGCAAAGCAGGGCUAGAUCAUUUUUCUGGAAGAACUGCAUUGCUUUCUUUAAUAAGCUUUUGUCUAGUGGGUUUAAGUUUGUUGAUGAUGACAAGGAUGAUACGUGCUUCUUCAAUAUGAGCAGGUAUGAUGAAGGAGAGAGCGAUAAUCGUCUUGCAUUACCCGAGGAUUUUGAGCUGAGGGGAUUUAUACCUUUUCUUCCGGCACAACUUAUCCUUGAUUUUUCAAGGAAGCAUUCUUUUGGUGGUGAUGGUGGCAUCAAAGAGAAGAAAUCACGUCUCCAGAGGAUAAUAGCAGCAGGAAAGGCUCUUGCUAAUGUGGUCCGUGUUGGAGAAGAGGGAAUAUAUUUUGACGGUAGAGCAAAGAAAUUCAUCGUUGGCAUUGAGCCUCAAGUAUCUGAUGAUUAUGCGCUUAAUUGCUCCAUGGAAGUUCCCAAAUUGAGUGGUAUUGAGUUGGAGAAUUCAGCUGCAGGGCAGUUAACUGUAGGACCUCCGCAGCCAAAGCAACAAUUGUAUGUGGAAGGGGAGGAAGAAGAUGAGGUAAUUGUUUUUAAGCCAUCGGUGGUAGAAAAGCAUGUGAAUGGAAGCGCUUCAAACAUGAUGACCUCAGAAGGUCAUGUUUUUGGUGUUUGUGCUGCCAGUGUUCCUCCUGGGGUUAGCGUGGCCUCUGUUGGUCUAGGAAAUGAAAUGGGUCCAUUUUCAGCUGCACUUGAUGGAUUGGUCAUGCAGAGUGCAUUACAUGCUAGUGCAAGGCCACCCUCAAGUAUUGCCAAUAACAGUGGCCAAUAUAUGCAGCCUAUUCAACCAAGUACUUCAUUGUGGUCCGUUGAACGAGCUGCUGUUAUGAAUGGAUUUGCCAGCUUGAACAUGAUAGGAAAUGGUCCAACUAUAAUAUCUGAGUUGCAAGAUCAAGUAUUUCCACCUGUGCCAUAUUCUGUCCCUUUUCCCCAGUCCGUCAAUUUUGGCAUGACAAAUAAUAUUCCUGUGCAUAUCCCAGAUGCUGCCAUACCAUCUAACUUCAGUUCACUUUCAUCCUCAGUAGUUGGUAUUGAUAGCAUGUCAAUUAAGUCCCCAUCAGUCAUGUCAACAGGCAUAAGGAAAAAUCCAGUUAGCAGACCUAUUAGGCAUCUGGGUCCGCCUCCAGGCUUUGGUUCUGUUCCUUCGAAAGUCCUGGAGGAGUCUUCUUCAGCAAUGACCAUAAAGAAUGAACAUACUACUCUUCCUCCUAUGGAUGACUAUAGCUGGUUGGAUGGAUAUCAGUUGCCUUCAUCACAUCAGAGCAUUGGUUUCAAUAACUCCGUUAAUCAUUCAACACAAAACUACCACUCAAUGAGCAAGAGUAGUAGCUCCGUUGGGAUGGUGAGCUUUCCUUUCCCUGGGAAACAGGUAAACUCUCUGCAUGUGCAAUCAGGGAACCAGAGAGGUUGGGAGGACUACCAGAUAUCUGAACAAUUAAAACUGUACCAGGGGCAACCUCAGCAACUCCAGAGUGGAAACCAACAAUCUGUUGAACUGCCUCAGCGGCAUGAAGGACAGUCUCUGUGGGAAGGCCGUUUUUUUGUGUGAUAUGGAUACAGGAGAUUAGAUGGUAAAAUGAUAUUUUUCUGUACCUUAACAGAGAAUUACUUGAACACAUUCUCCAUGACUGCUUUUAUCUUUCCGAGCCCUGCAUUUUAUCUUUCUUACAGUUGGCUGCUCAAGCUUUUCCAGGUUGUUAACAAUUACAGUGGCAAUGUCCAGCGGCCUGUUGCUAUGACAUUCAACCAUCAUAUUUGUAGUGUCGCCAAUGUUACUUAAGUUUUCUUGCAGCAUGGAUGGUCUUUUGCAGUGUUGCGGGCACUUACUGUUGAGCAGCUUGUGCCUAGCUCUUCAGACUGGACAAGUCAGACUGAGGUCAGUAGGUGCAGGGGUUGGGAGCUUUGGAAGUAAGAACCUUGCCUGUUUGGAUGGUGCACGGUUGGUAUGUCAGAUUUUGGUGGAUUGCUGGUUGGUGUCAAUGAGUGAGAAGCUAGUCUACCUAUCUUAUAGGAGAUCUCUCUUACCAAGUUCUGCUACAUGCGAUGAUGAGCAGUUUCCGAAUAUUAAAUGUGUAAGUGGAUGUCUUGGCAGCAGUUAACAUGUCUGCCUGAAAAUUCUUCAAUGGGAUCUUGCAUGAGAUCACGGAGUAGUAGUUAUCAGGGGCUAACUAUGGAUGUUUUAUGGAAAUAAGUUUGUGAUUAUGUAUGCAUAUGGUUAUCUCAACUUUUGAUUUGUUUCAAUGUCAACUAGUGGCAAUAUCCUGUCAUGUAUGUUAUUUAAAUUUGUUGUGCUUGUGAUCCAGUUACAGAUUGUUGUUGGAUAAUUAGUUUUCGGUCAUCUGUAUCUUGGUAUGGCAUUUUCCCAAGCUGAGAAUGCCAAAACCUUUUGUUUCGCUAGGCACCCUGCUGUCUUUGUUUCCGCUAUGUGCAUCAUGCCUUUUCGUUCU